UUCAAAUAUGUGCUGCUUCCAAGAGUUCUGUCUACUGUUAGCUGUAAACAUCAACCAUUUCAAGUGACUGUAAUCAGAUAUUUGCGAGUGUAACAGCUGUUCAGAACGUCAAAAUUGUUGUGCAGCGACUUUGUGUAGUCAGAAUUCGGUGCGAUUCUGACGCUUUAAUUGUGCAUCGUUUCUCAUCGAGGUAGCUUUCCGCGGUUUUUUGCAUUGCAUUCCCUUUAUUCGGUGUGCGCUGUCUGUCAGAACUAGCUCGAAAAAAGGGAGUUUAUGCACAGAAUACUAAGCCCGCAGUUUAAAUAGCUCAGCUCAGGAAAAACAAUGGGCAUUAGAUCACUUCAAACAUAUAUCACACAGUUCGUCAAAAAUGGCACAGUUCCAGUGGAUAUCAAAGAGGAAAUCGAAAAAUAUAGGAGACAACACAACGGAGAAAUGCCUUUAAUUGUAAUCGACCUACUCUCGAUCCAUCCAUUAUUUUACACCAACAAACAAGAAUUGGUUCUAGGUGCACGCUACAAUGUGUACAAGGAUCGUGUAAUUGAUCUUUUCAGUCGGAUAAAGUCAUAUGGUGUAAGGCUAGUUUUCUUCACCGAUGGGCCCGCUCGUGAAGAGAAACUUCCCACAUGUUUGAAACGUCGAAACAACGAAUAUCAGAGAGCAAUGCAAGCUUUGCAAGUAGUUUAUUCGGGGGCCGAUUUAAGAUCUCGUUUGGAAGACAUGGAUGUUGCAUCCCCCGUUCCAUUUUUCGGGAUACUAAGAAAAAUGGCAAAAGAAUUCGGGGACCUCAAUAUUGCAGUGCGAAAUGAAUGCGAUAUAGAAUUAGCGGAUUAUGCGACUAAAAAUGGAGCGUUGGCUAUCAUUUCAAACGAUACUGAUUUCUUGAUAUUUGAAGGAGACUGGAAAUUUUGGUCAUCAGGGCAUUUGAAUGUGUUUCGAUUAAAAACGUUAGAAUUCAACAGACAGGCUUUGCGGGAGACGCUGGGACUGAGGCCGGAUCAGAUGGCUAUUUUAGCUACAAUGUCGGGGAAUGACUUGGUGCCGUAUGAUAGUGUAAGGAGAUUUCACUUCCAAAUAAAGCAGAGAGAUAGAUUCCAUUUUCGUGCAACUGCAUCUAAAAUACUAUCUUUGCGUCUGUCCACACAUACGAUAACGGACGACGAUGUCAGAUACAUCACCCAGCUCAUAUUCAACAACUACAACGAUAGAGAGGAAGAUAUUAAACUAGUUGAAACUAGCCUAAAAUCAUAUGAUUACUCUAGGAUGAAUACCGAAUAUAAUUUUAAAAUUCCACUUCGUGACGUCAGUGACUAUGGUAAAUUCAACUAUAUAAUAUUGGCUAAUGUGAAGUACAUAGUACAGUGCCAUCAUUUUGAUUUGUCCAAGAAGGACUUGCUGCCGUAUUUCGAUAUCUUUUCACCUUUGAUAAGACGCAUAAUGGGGAUUUUAUUGAACCAUGACAAAAACGACAAUUCAAGACGUUUUUACUUCAAACUAGAUCAUAAUAGGGAUUACGAGGAAGUUAUUUUAAAUCCCGAGUAUCCACCUUGCGAAGUACCCCCAAUAGAUGAACUGCUGUAUGAAAACACGGGAGUUAACCCACAUUUGGAUAGGACUCGAUUAGAGCUAGCUUGUUGGCAAAUAUCAUCUAAGCUCACACCGGAAACAUUGGGAAGUUUGCCGACGGAAAACAUUAGCAACGUAGCGACAUUGUUGUAUCUUGUUGAGCUGGGUCAAAUCGAUGUAGACGAAGCCGAUUGUCUGCUUUUGGCAUGUAAUUGCCCAAAGGAUGUUUGCUAUUCUUUGAGGCUAAACGACAUUCGCUACGCAAACGAACGGGAUGUAAGACUUGCAUUUUUAUUCACAUCUGUUCUAGUUUAUAUACGAAAUUGUUUUUGCGCUGUCGGAUUAGACGACCUUAGAACGUUAAUAACUUUUGAUGGAUUGUAUUUUCAUACUUUAAGGCAAAGUUGGAAUGUAACAGAUAGGGCUGCAUUGCUGCGGCCGUUUGCUGCGAUUAGAAUAUAUGCAAGAUAAAAUGCAAAA